GGAGCCGCGAGUCGGGGCCGCCCAGGCUGCGCUUCGCCCCGGCAGCAGCGGUGGCGGCGGCGCCUGUGGCUCAGGAUGCGGCCAGGGGACGCGCUACUCGCCUUGCUCGCCAGCCUGCUGCUGCUGCUGCUGCUGCGCCUGCUCUGGUGCCCGGCAGACGCGCCCGCCCGCGCCAGGAUCCUGGUGGAGGAAAGCAGGGAGGCCACCCACGGCACACCCGCAGCACUGAGGACGCUCCGGAACCCGGCGACCGCGGUACCGCGCGCCACGAACAGCACAUAUCUGAAUGAGAAGUCGCUCCAACUGACGGAGAAAUGCAAAAAUCUGCAAUAUGGCAUUGAGUCUUUCUCUAACAAAACGAAAGGGUAUUCAGAGAACGACUACCUUCAGAUUAUCACAGAUAUACAGAGUUGUCCAUGGAAACGGCAAGCAGAAGAAUAUGCAAAUUUUAGAGCAAAACUUGCUUCCUGCUGUGAUGCUGUUCAAAACUUUGUUGUUUCUCAGGAUAACACUCCAGUUGGGACUAAUAUGAGUUACGAGGUGGAAAGCAAAAAAGAAAUCCCAAUUAAGAAGAACAUUUUUCAUAUGUUUCCAGUGUCCCAGCCUUUUGUGGAAUACCCUUAUAAUCAGUGUGCAGUGGUCGGAAAUGGGGGAAUUCUGAAUAAGUCUCUCUGUGGAAAUGAAAUAGAUAAAUCCGACUUCGUUUUUAGGUGUAACCUCCCCCCAACCACAGGAGAUGUUAGUAAAGAUGUUGGCAGUAAAACAAAUCUUGUGACUAUAAAUCCUAGUAUCAUAACUCUGAAAUAUGGGAACUUAAAGGAAAAAAAAGCCCUAUUUCUGGAGGACAUUGCAACCUAUGGAGAUGCAUUUUUUCUUCUGCCAGCAUUUUCCUUCAGGGCCAACACGGGUACCUCUUUUAAAGUGUAUUACACGCUCGAAGAGUCUAAAGCAAGACAAAAGGUUCUAUUUUUCCAUCCCAAGUACCUGAAAGAUCUGGCCCUUUUCUGGAGAACUAAAGGUGUGACUGCAUACCGCUUGUCCACCGGCUUGAUGAUCACAAGUGUUGCAGUGGAACUGUGUAAAAAUGUGAAGCUGUAUGGAUUCUGGCCCUUCUCUAAAACUGUAGAAGACACACCUGUCAGCCAUCACUAUUAUGACAACAAGCUACCUAAACGUGGUGUCCAUCAGAUGCCCAAAGAAUACAGCCAGAUCCUCCAACUUCACAUGAAAGGAAUCCUCAAGCUGCAAUUUAGCAAAUGUGAAGUCGCCUAAACAAAGUAUCUUAAAAUGGGAAUAAUUUUAACAUAAUGCAGUAGGUGAUUAACAAUGUCUCCAAACACCAAAGGAGGUGGCUACAGAGUAUUCUAAGAUGAACCCCAAAAUUUGGUUUGACCAAAGCUUCCCCACUCAUUUUGCAACGAUGGCAAAUCAUUCAAUCCUUCUCAUCUUCAUUUUUUCUCCUGAUAACAUGGACACCAUGAUAUCUGACUCAUACAAAUUUUUAUAAUUUAUGAAAAUUAUUGGCAUGGCCUUUGGUGUGAGGUAGGGACUCAAAGAAUAUUUCUUUGUUACUAUUUAUACCAGCCAUCUCCACCUUCACCAGACCGAUAAUAAAAGUGUGCUUUCUUGGAGGUCUCUUCUAAAGAGAAUAGCUGCAUUACCAGUAUCCAUUGGAUUUCUUUCUGUGGCAGGUCUCUAUCAAUAAUAUC